AUGGAUCCAGUUGUAGCCUUGGUGCUGUGUCUCUCCUGUUUGCUUCUCCUCUCAUUAUGGAGACAGAGAUCUGGGAGAGGGAAACUCCCACCAGGACCCAUGCCUCUCCCAAUUCUUGGGAAUAUCCUGCAGAUAGAUACUAAAAACAUCAGCAAAUCCUUAACCAAUUUGUCAAAAGUCUAUGGCCCUGUGUUCACUGUGUAUUUGGGUUUGAGACCCACUGUGGUGUUGCAUGGAUAUGAAGCUGUGAAGGAAGCCCUGAUUGAUCAUGGGGAAAUAUUUUCUGGAAGAGGCAAUUUCCCUGUGGCUGAUAGAGUUACUAAAGGACUUGGAAUCAUUUUAACUACUGGAAGCAGAUGGAAAGUGAUGAGGCGCUUCUCAGUCAUGACUCUGCGGAAUUUUGGGAUGGGGAAGAAGAGCAUUGAGGACCGAGUUCAAGAGGAAGCUCGUUGCCUUAUGGAGGAGUUGAGGAAAACCGAGUCCUCACCCUGUGAUCCUACUUUUCUCCUGGGCUGUGCUCCCUGCAAUGUGAUCUGCUCCAUUAUUUUCAAUUAUCGCUUUAAUUAUAAAGAUCAGCAUUUUCUAAAGUUUAUGAGGAAAGUAAAUGAAAAUGUGCAGAUUCUGAGUUCCCCAUGGAUCCAGGUCUGCAACAAUUUUCCUGUUCUCAUUAAUAUUUUCUCAGGAAGUCAUAAAAAACUUUUUAAGAAUGUUAAUGAUUUGAAACAGUAUUUUUUUGAGAAAAUAAAAGAACAUCAAGAAUCCCUGGAUAUGAACAAUCCUCGGGACUUCAUCGACUGCUUCCUGAUUAAAAUGGAAGAGGAAAAGGGCAAUCCACAGACUGAAUUUACCACUGAAGCCUUAAUAAACACUGUUAAUGAUCUGUUUGGAGCUGGAACAGAGACAACAAGCACUACUCUGAGAUAUGGACUCCUGCUCCUUCUGAAGCACCCAGAGGUCACAGCUAAAGUCCAGGAAGAGAUUGACCAUGUGAUUGGCAGACAUCGCAGCCCCUGCAUGCAGGACAAGAGCAGUAUGCCUUAUACAGAGGCUGUCCUGCAUGAGAUCCAGAGAUACAUUGACCUCCUGCCAACCAAUCUUCCCCAUGCAGUGACCUGUGGCAUUAAAUUCAGAAACUAUUUCAUUCCCAAGGGUACAACCAUAAUUACAUCACUGACAUCUGUGCUGCAUGACAGCAAAGAAUUCCCCAAUCCAGAGAAGUUUGACCCUGGCCAUUUCCUGGAUAAGAGUGGCAAAUUCAAGAAGAGUGACUACUUCAUGCCUUUCUCGACAGGAAAACGGAUUUGUGCAGGAGAAAGUCUGGCCCGCAUGGAACUGUUUAUAUUCUUGACCACCAUUUUACAGAACUUUCGCCUGAAAUCUGUGGUUGACCCAAAGGAUCUUGAUAUCACCCCAGUUUACAAUGGAUUUGUCUCUGUGCCACCUGCAUACCGAAUCUGCUUCAUUCCUGUCUGA